AUGCUGAUCGAGUGUCUCUUCUGCGACAAAAGAGAUAACCAAGAGAAUUUUUUGAAACACUUGAAGAAAGAUCAUAAAAUUGAAGAGUUUUUACUGCAGGCGACGAACGGAUAUUUUGUGGAAAAACAAUGUAGAGAAUGUGGACUUGCCGGGGCUGAGAAUAUUCACAAAAACGACGAUCAACUUGAAAACUGCAGAAAGCUCCAAACACAUCUCAAAUCCUUCGGAAUUUCUCCCUGCAUCCCUCCUGAAGGAUACAGUCAUCCCACUCCAGAAAACUUCGAAGGGCAAGAGGAAGAAUACGAUUGGGUUGGAGAUCUGUAUUCUCGAUUAGCAGAAGCUGUUAAAUUAGCGAAAAAAUGUCCCCUUUGUGGAUUAAUUCCAAAAAGCAGCAAAAAGAUCGAAAAGAAGAUCAAACAGCACAUUAUUUCUCGCCAUAAAAUCGCCAUUUAUCCAUGCAGAGACGAGAUAAAUUGCGAUUUCGAGUCCCCAUGGCCUGCAGAAUUGGCAGAGCAUGUCGAAGAAGUGCACCGGCGGCAAAUAACUGAAGCGGAAGAGCAAGGUACGCUCUACCCGAUUUCUGUCCGGAAGGAAAAUAUUCGAAAAGAGCUCGAGAAAUUUUUUACAAAGAGAAAUGAUCGCCAAGGAAAAUCAAAGAGAAAAUCUAAAACAGAAGAGCCACCAAGUUUGACACCACUGGAAGAAAUUUCAUCGAGUAGAAAAUCUGCUCUCGUCAAGAAUCAAGCAAAGGAGAAAUCUCAAGAAAAAAUUGGAAAAUCACAGAAACCUAUUCAACCCGAAAAUCAACCAAAAGAAACAUCUACCCCAACUUCAAACUCUACGUCUAGCUCUUCCUCUAAUCCUGAACCAGCGAAUAUUUCCCAACCCCAAACAUCUGAGCAGAAGAUUCCAGAAGAAGACGACAUGGCCCUGGACGAAGUGAUCAUUCUUACCCCUCGCGAAAACCCCCGCCUCACGCGAAAUCAAUCCAAACCCGAGCCCAGCUCUUCUGAUCGCGUGAAGUGUCCCUUCUGCGAAAUGGUCGUGACUAGACGGGGAAUCGUCCAGCAUGUCGGCUACUCGCACGCACUGCACUCCGAGAAAUUCAGAAAAGACAAAGCUUACAAGGAUAUUUUGCCGUACAAGUGCCUGAGCUGCAAGCUUCAAUUUGCGGGAAAGGAGAGUAUGAGGAAACAUUAUAAUUCUAGAGGAAAAACGAAGAGCAUGUGCAAGCGGCCGGAGAGAGAUGAUACUGAUUUGGUCGAUCCAGCGAAAAAUAUUGAGUACAAUUGUCCGUUUCCAAAAUGUCCUUUUGUCGGAAAACUGCAGCUCAUACUGAAUCAUCUCUUCCGCCAUCCAGCGAUGAACGUCAAGUUUCGAACAAAGAAGUCCUCCCUUCUUCCAGUAAAAUGCCAUGCUUGCAACUUCCAUUUCACCCAACGAUCUUCUCUCCAAAAACACAUCGAAAUGAACCGCUGCGAACGAAAUCAAAUGAUGGUCCAGGAGCAAGAAAAGCGAAAGAAUCGGGAUCAUCUUCAUCCCUGUCCUUUCAAAUGCGGCCGGUUGUACACUUCAAAGGACAAGCUAGAUGAGCAUAUUGAAAAACAUCACGAAAAGGAGAAAGAAGUCGAGUCAAGAAUCGUUUCUCAAAGUGGAUCGCUGCUCAAACAACUAAAAAGGGAUCCGGAAAGCGGGAAAUUGAUUUGUCCCUUUCCAGAAUGCUCUGCUGUCAUCGCCAAAUCCUUCAGUCUUCUUUCGUCACACAUCAGAAAAUGCCAUACAAGGGAUGAAUACGCCGUUUUCCGGAUCAUCCCAACUACAGACUGUCCCUACGUUUGUCAAAAAUGCUCUUGGGCUUUUACGGAAGGCCAGAUCAAGAACCAUUUUCAUCAAGUUGCCGCUGUUUGUACUCGGAACAAGAAAACAAGGGAUGAAAUCAUAAGAAAAGGACUCGAUGAAUCUAUCGUUCUUCAAUUCGUCGAGCCGAAAGUCGUCGUCCAAGAAGCAGUUGAUGAAACGCCACAGCAAAGAAUCGAAAGAAUCUUCCAAGAAAAACGAAAAAUAUCAAGAGAAAAGGAAGUCAAAGAUAUUCCAGCGCCAGUUGAAGAGUCUACCGAAGAAACGCCAAAUAUCUCGGAAAAAAUUGCGAAUGAGAAUAAUUCGAACUCAGAAUCGCAGGUCGGGGAGGCAAAAAGAGGCUCCUCUGAAAGAGUGGUGCCCUCUUUGAACCUCGUUCCACUGUUGGAGGCGAAAAUAGAACCAAAUUCUUCAGCCGAAAAUUUAGAAUUGUCCGAUUCUGAGAAUGAAGAUGACACUGAAUCUCAGCAGAAAGAAGACAUCGAGGAAAACGCUACGAAUGACGAACCUACAAUCGACAAGGAGAGGAAAAGAAGUGGUCAUGUUAAAAUUGAUCUAUCUCCGGAAAACACAGAUAUACCAACUGAAUCAAGGGAAAUGCUGAAGCGCCCUCGUGAGGAUGAUGCUGAAGAAGUCAUUAAUCGAACGGAGAAAGAAGACGAAACUGGAAAAACUGAAGAGGAAGCCAACACAGUUGCGAAUCCUGAAGUGCAAGAUCAACUUCCAGUAAGAGAGCUCGUCGAUCCCGUCAAAAUAAUAAAAACCAACCCUGAUGAGCAGACCCAGCCUUUAACGAUUCCACUCACACCAAUAAAGACGCCAAAAGAUAAGGAUACUAUUGAAGAAUCUGUGCAGCCUCCGUCCAAGAAGCAAAGAAUGGAAGUAGAUGAACCCAUAAUUGAAGCUCCAGAAGCAUCUCCGGGUCAAGAAGCAGUCAUAAUUGAGCCCGAGCAAGCCGGAACCGAGCAAGAGCAAAUCGAAAAAAAGCCUGUGCCUGUGGUCUCCGAGAACAUUUUAGAGCCUGAGCCAAUUGAAAAAAUCGUUUCUCCUGAGGUCGAAACCAGAAAAAGUCCUGAAGAAAUCAUAAAAGCUUCUUUUCCGAGUUUCGAAACCUACAAGUUCAAGUGCUGCGUAGAAAAUGCCUGUGAUGUGCAAUGCGAUACAUUAUCUGAACUCACUUCUCAUGUUCAAAUCGAUCACUCUACUUCUGAUUACAUUCGGUUCAGAGCUACUACCAGAUAUUUCAACUUUCAAUGCCAAGAUUGCGGCUACCGAAGCCAAUCACAAGAGCAACAUGAUAGGCACAAAGCCCCAGGGCAGGUCAAAAACUGCCGAAAGUUCAAAGCCUUUCGUUUCAAUUUUGGGAUUUCGAUGGAAUCAGACGGCUUGCCAAUUCUUGCGUUGAAUCUUUCUGAAACAGCUCCGGAGGACAAAAAGGUAGAAAUUCUUGAGAAGUGUGAGAUUUGUUCAUUGAUCUUUCCAGAUCAGAAAAAUCUCUUUGGUCACUUGAUAGAAUCACACGGUAUCGAAGAGUAUUAUCGAAUCAGAUCGUCAAAGAAAGCCAGAUUGAGCUUCAAAUGCGAUAAAUGCUCUUGGUUCUUCCCAAGUGCCGAAUUUUCCCAUUCUAGCGUUCUCUGCACCGCUCAGAAAACCAUCACCAAAGAAAUCGACGGGGAUGGCCACGAAUGUCCGUUUUGCAAAAUCACCCUGAACGGUAAAGAACUUCUGCAUCACGUGGACGAAGAACAUCAAGACUUCCAAAUCAUUUUCCGCCUAAAAGAGUCCAAACUCCUGAAAAUCAAGUGCUCCAAAUGCGGUUUUCAUUUCAUCUCAAACCACGAAAAAGAACAACAUCAUCAGAAACAACAAUGCAAAAUGAACAUUCAAGCGAAACGAGAUUUCUUCACGGCUCUUGAUGGUCCGGCGGAUGAACCUGCUGAUCUUCCAAAAACUCCAGAGCCUACUCCACCUAAACAAGCAAAUCCGAUUCCUUCUCCAAAGGGAUCGAUCGCAUCCAAUUCAAAAAGUCCUCAUCUAAUUCUCCCAAAUUUAAAUAUUUCAUCAGGCCUGUCUCCCAAUCUUUCAGCGGUUUCUCCGACGAAUCUCGCCAGUAUCUCCCCAACUCUUUCAAUCCCCAAGAAAAGCCAACAACUAAACUCCUUUCCGUUCAAUAAUCAAAAUCUCCAACAGCACCAAGCCCUGGCAAACGCCCUCCAUGCCUCUUUCCAAGCUCAUCAAGCUUCCUCUGCUCAGAAUAAUCAACAAAACAACCCUCUCCAAUUUCUCAAUCAGCGCCAGAAUCAGCAAUAUCUCAACACAAACAUCCCCGUCCCAAAUUUUCUGACCGCCGCUCAAACUCCUGUCUCUCAGGGGCCAGUUAACCGGCAAAUCCUCCAGCUCGACCAGCCAAAUCGCUACGGUAAUUCUGUCCUUGGAACUUGCUCCUAUUGCUUUGUGCCUAUGCGAUCCAGGCAGGAGAUGGUCAGGCAUGCUUCAAGCAUGCAGGAUUGCCUGACUUUUGCGCAAACAUGCCAAAGAGCUUCAAGAGUUCCCUGUCCAUAUUGUGGCGAAGAAAUCUCUGGAGACAGCAAAAUCUUACAGAACCACAUCCAAGCGAACCACAGUCAAUUCUACCAUCAAUUUCGUCACAUGAAAUCAGUCGCCCUUCCUUUUCAAUGCAUCAAAUGCAACGGCUCAUUCGGUGAAAUGCUUCUUCUGCAGAUUCACACUCAAAGUUGUGGCAUCAAUUUGAGCUGA